AUGAGCGAGGUGAUCGCCGAAGUACUCGAGAACGUCAGCACCGACACGACGACCCAAUCCCAAGAUGCGCUCGUCAUAGUCCCCCAAUCCUCCACUCCAGUCGACCCCACCUCUACCUCCUCCUCUCAGACCAAAUCGGGCAGUUCGAGCUCCGUCUUGGCCGCCCUCACUCGCGCCUUGUUCCUCUCUUUGGCGUUCCUCUUCAAGCGCCCGAUCCGCCUCUUUCGCCCCGUCAAGAUUUCCACCUGGACAGGUCUUCAAGCCAUCGCUCACGAACAUGGUCAUUCAAAAGUCACCCCGGCGUUCGUACGAAGUCUGAUCCGCAAACAAGGCUGGAGUUUCAUCCCGAGGCAUCUGGUACCCCCUGUCUUGGUCAAUGGCCUGAUCGGCCUGACCCUUUUCGGCGUCUAUACCGUGAGUAGGCAAGUAAGGCAGGGCGCCCUGCAUCAAAUGACACCUCGUUUUGGAUGGUCUUCUCACCAGUCCUCCGAAAGUUACCUCAACUCGCAUCUCCCACCCGACGUGCUCUCCCACCCCUCGACCCAAGUUUUGAUCCCUUUCAUCUCCGGUACUCUGGCCGGUGCAUCCCAAUCGAUCAUCUCCGCGCCCCUCGAUAACGCCCGCCUCCUCCUCCUUCGUCGACAACACCAUCUCCGUCUCUACGGUCAUCGAACAUCCCGAAACCAGCCCGGUCGACCGAACUCUAAACCUUUCGUCAGUUGGUGGCCUUUAUUGAGGGAUGCCGUCUUCCUCAACACAGGAUCGACGGAGAAGUUGUCGAAUGCGCAGAAAGUGAGGAGAGGGUAUACGCUCUGGGUGUUGACGUUGAUCAAGGAUGGGUUGGGGUUUGGGGCGUUCUUCGCGACGUUCGAAGUCGGACGAUCGGUGUCGAGGAGGAUGGGGUUGGCUUGGGAUGGGAUUCAAGAAGGUGAUCAAGUCGAGGAGAACGAUUGGGAUGAAGAAAAGAAUCAAGUCGUACCUACACCGACACCAUCGAACGAUCCUGCGGUCAAAAAGAAACGACGCAGCGCGGCAAGUUUGCUCCUUCAAAGUUUGGGCAUUCUCACCGCUGGUGGAGUAGCGGGUUUGUGCUUCGCCUUGGUCGCAAGACCUUUUGACAGGAUGAGGAUGGUUAUUUAUGAAGGAAGGAUGAAGGCUUUGGAGAGGGAGGAGAGGGUUAAGCAGGAAAUUGAGAGACGAGGGGAGGGGAAUGGGAAUGGGAACUCGUCUCCGGUGAAAAAAGGGACCUCCAAAGCUCGAGCCCCUUGCUCUUCAAGAGGAAACCAGAAGGAGCACAUACGAACCUUACGCGCACGAGGGAGAUCACGACUUUCGUCGCUCUCGGCCAAGGCCUUCCUUGCUCGACCUUUCGAACCGAAACCGAAACCGAUCUCGGCAUCCUCGUUCCCCAACCCCGCUUCCGCCAAACUCCACCCCAAUCCCUCGGCAUUCCACCUCGUCUCCGAAGCCGCUCGUCAAGCAGGGCCCAUCAACUUCUUCUUCGGUUCCACAGCAUCACUCGGAUCUUCAACCUCAAAUCGAGCCACUGGGACCGGUCCUCGACUCCCUUCAGGAAUGAAAGGCCGUCAUUUCGGUCCGACGCGAUUGAGUGCUCGAGCGCGGGAUGCCAAGGCGAAGAUGGUGCAUGGUGCUGAGAGAGGUUUGUUGGCGAGAGCUACGAGGGUGUUGGCUUAUGGUAAGUUCACCGAACAGACGUUGAGGCCUCUAGAGAUGAACGGGGGCUGAUGAUAUGUGCGGCUGCUGAUUUUUUCGUUCGAUCACAGUCCCGGCUUAUUCGGUCGCUUUCUUUGCUUAUGCUCUGAUGUCGGGUGAUUUAAGGUAA